AGCUUCAGUUGGUCGGUGGUACCGGUACACUGUACUGCUGAAGAUGAACCGCGCAAAACGCAACAACACAACUCCUCUCCUCGCCGAUGUGCCAGUUCGAUUCAUUUUAUUCCCCAACACAAAACCACCAUGGCGGACGAGUCCAACCAAACCCCUUUACAGGCAGAGGUCACCUUCGGUUGGCGGGGAGUUUUGCUGAUUGGCUCUUGCAUUUUGGCGGUGCUUGCCACAAGGCAGGAAGUCUAUCGGCUCGACGUGUCCGACAUUCGAUACAAUGUUUCGAAGACUGGUGCUAUCAACGUUUUGGUGUCCUUUAAUAGCGAUCGAAACGUCAAUGAAGAUGCCUUGGUAGCUGCGAUGAACCCUGCAGAAAAUUCUGUGGCUGCGCAAAAUGAGGAGCCUGCCACUGUACCGGAAAAGCCUCUAGAGAAAACGGAACCAACGAGAGAAGCACUUGAGAAGAAUUCUGAACCAACAAAGCAAGAAGAAUCCACAACACAGACGGAACAAGCAACAACUGAAAAACCAGCGGAAGAGGAACAAAGCAAAGUCAAAACGGAAGCAACACCAGAACAGCCCAAGCAACACACAACUCCAACGAUCGACAAAACGUUGCCAGAGUCAGAUGGCCAGGCACUAAGGGGAACAAGUACAGCUGUGGAAACAACAUCAGCAGUCCCCCAAGAAGAUGCCAGUAGCGGCGGCAACAAAACCUUGGUCAUCAUUAUGGGGACUCUUCGAGGUGGAGAAUAUACCUGGCAAUCAAUGUAUAAAAAUCUAUUGGAUCUCAACAAUGCUGACUUGGCUCUGGCUGUUGGAGAAGUGGCAGAAGACAAGAAAACCAGCAGUCUCUACAAACGCGCACACUAUGUUUGGGAGUUUCAUGAAUACGAGGACUGGGGUGAUGCCUUGGACUUGAUUGCCAAGGAGCAAAAACCAGGCGUGGACCCAAAAACUGACCCAGAAUCGUGGCGUGAAAUCAUGCUUCCUCAUUUUCCAGGUUUGUUUGGUGGUGUAGGAGAUAUCCCGGGCAGCGGUGCUGUCAUAUUUUGGAUUCGAUGGUUCAUUCAGAACAAGCUAAAGCACCUAAACCUCUUGGACAAGUAUGACCAGUUCAUUGUGACACGGUCUGAUUUCUAUUACCUGUGCGAGCAUGACAUAUCCGAGUUCAAUGCUACAGAAGUUUGGGUUCCAGAUGGCGAAGACUACCAUGGCAUUACGGAUAGGUUUGUUUUGGCCCCAGCUGACAAAAUUCUCAAAGUCCUGGAUAUCCUACCACCCUUUCUCAAAAAGUCCAGGCAUCACCGCAACAAACUACCCAAGAAAGCCAUCCAGCGCGAGGGCAUGGGUCCGGAGCGCUUUAUUCUGUGGCGCUGGGAUGAUGAUGGGAUCAAAGCACAGAGGUACCCACGGGUCAUGUUUACUGUCAAGACUCCAUCGGAUUCUUCUCGUUGGAAUACUGGAGCUAAAACAAGUGCAUCAGGACAAAUGAAGACCGGACCUCAUGGGCUGAUUCUAAAGUACAGAAGUGAGUAUUUUCGGUCUCAGAAAGUAUGUCAAGAUAUUCUGCAGAAGCCAUUCUUUGAGUGAAGGCUGGUCAGCCAUGGUUUUGAUACAUAGUAGUCAAUAAGUAGUAUCAACCAAACUCUAUCUGACUG